AAUUCCUUCUAAAUGAUGUAUUCACAAAGUUACUUUUUCCAUUCAUUGGCAUUACCUUGCAUCAGACAUGUUGUGCAGGGUUUUGACCCACCGCAUCAAAGCGAUACAAGAACUAUUUAUAUAGCAAAUCGUUUUCCCCAGCAUGGCCAUUACGUUCCUCAGAAAUUUGCAGACAACAGAAUCAUAUCAUCCAAGUAUACAGUGUGGAAUUUUGUUCCAAAAAACUUAUUUGAGCAGUUCAGAAGAGUAGCCAACUUUUAUUUUCUGAUUAUAUUUUUGGUUCAGCUCAUGAUAGAUACCCCUACUAGUCCUAUUACCAGUGGAUUGCCAUUAUUCUUUGUCAUAACUGUGACAGCCAUAAAACAGGGUUAUGAAGACUGGCUACGACAUAAAGCGGACAAUGAAGUAAAUGGUGCUCCAGUUUAUGUUGUUCGAAGUGGUGGCCUUGUAAAAACUAGAUCUAAAAACAUUCGGGUGGGGGACAUUGUCAGAGUAGCCAAAGAUGAGACUUUUCCUGUUGAUCUGGUGCUUCUGUCAUCUGAUCGAGUCGACGGUUCAUGCCAUGUUACUACUGCAAGUUUGGAUGGAGAGACCAAUCUUAAGACACAUGUUGCAGUUCCAGAAACAGCCGUGCUACAGUCCGUUGCCAACCUGGACAAACUUGUAGCUGUUAUAGAAUGUCAGCAGCCAGAAGCAGAUCUAUACAGAUUUGUUGGAAGAAUAACUAUAAGUCAACAAACUGAAGAAAUUGUACGACCUCUUGGACCUGAAAGUCUCUUACUUCGAGGAGCAAGAUUAAAAAACACUAAAGAAAUAUUUGGUGUUGCAGUGUAUACAGGUAUGGAGACAAAGAUGGCAUUAAAUUACAAGAGUAAAUCUCAGAAACGGUCAGCAGUAGAAAAGUCCAUGAAUUCCUUUUUGAUUAUUUAUCUAAUAAUCCUCCUAUUUGAAGCCAUUCUGAGCACUAUUUUAAAGUAUGCGUGGCAAGCUGAAGAAAAAUGGGAUGAGCCUUGGUAUAAUGAAAAGACAGAGCAUGAAAGAAACAGCAGUAAGAUUCUGAGAUUUAUUUCAGAUUUUCUUGCUUUUCUGGUACUUUACAAUUUUAUAAUACCUAUUUCACUUUACGUGACUGUUGAGAUGCAGAAAUUUCUUGGAUCUUUUUUUAUUGGCUGGGAUCUUGACCUCUAUCACAAAGAAACAAACCAGAGAGCACAAGUAAAUACUUCAGAUCUCAAUGAAGAAUUGGGACAGGUAGAGUAUGUGUUUACAGACAAAACUGGUACAUUAACUGAAAAUGAGAUGCAGUUUCGGGAGUGCUCCAUUAAUGGUGUAAAGUACCAAGAAGUCAAUGGUAAAUUAACUCCAGAGGGGUUUUCUGAAGAUUCUCCAGAUGGAAAUAGGCACAGUUUGAUGAAAGAGGAAGAACUCUUCUUGAAAGCAGUUUGUCUUUGUCAUACAGUGCAGAUCAAUGCAGAUCAAACAGAUGGUGCUGAUGGUCCCUGGCAUGCCAGUGGAGUAACAUCCCCAUUGGAGUAUUAUGCUUCUUCACCAGAUGAGAAAGCUUUAGUUGAAGCUGCAAGCCGGGUUGGAGUAGUAUUUACUGGAACUAGUGGGGACAGUAUGGAAGUAAAAAGUCUUGGAACACCAGAAAGGUAUAAAUUGCUUCAUGUUUUGGAGUUUGAUUCAAAUCGCAGACGAAUGAGCGUCAUUGUAGAGAGCCCCUCAGGGGAAAAGCUUUUAUUCACAAAGGGAGCAGAAUCUUCCAUUCUUCCACGUAGUAAGAGUGGAGAAAUAGACAAAACAAGGAUACAUGUGGAUGAAUUUGCUUUGAAAGGACUAAGAACUUUGUGCGUAGCCUACAGAAGAUUCACACCUGAGGAGUAUCAAGAAAUUGGCAAGCGCCUUCAUGAGGCCAGGACUGCCUUACAACAGCGGGAAGAAAGAUUAGCAGAUGUAUUCAACUUCAUAGAAAGGGAUCUGGAAUUACUUGGGGCUACAGGAGUAGAAGACAAGCUGCAGGAGAAAGUCCAAGAAACUAUAGAAGCACUCAGGUUGGCUGGUAUCAAAGUGUGGGUACUCACUGGAGAUAAGCACGAAACGGCUGUUAGUGUCAGUUUGUCCUGUGGACACUUUCAUAGAACCAUGAACAUCCUUGAGCUUGUGCAACACAAGUCAGACAGUACAUGUGCAGAACAACUGAGGCAGCUAGCCAAGAGAAUAAAGGAAGACCAUGUUAUCCAGCAUGGACUGGUUGUGGAUGGGACCAGCCUCUCUCUUGCACUCAGGGAACAUGAAAAACUGUUCAUGGAGGUUUGCAAAAACUGUUCUGCAGUGUUGUGCUGUCGCAUGGCACCCCUUCAGAAAGCGAAGGUAGUGCGACUGUUAAAAACAUCUCCAGAGAAACCUAUAACAUUAGCAAUCGGUGAUGGUGCUAAUGAUGUGAGCAUGAUACAAGAAGCACAUGUUGGCAUAGGAAUCAUGGGCAAGGAAGGAAGGCAAGCUGUAAGAAACAGUGACUAUGCAAUAGCACGGUUUAAAUUCCUCUCCAAGUUGCUUUUUGUUCACGGGCACUUUUACUAUAUUAGAAUAGCAACCCUUGUACAGUACUUUUUUUAUAAGAAUGUGUGCUUUAUUACACCACAAUUUUUAUAUCAGUUCUUCUGUUUGUUUUCACAACAAACGCUCUAUGACAGCGUAUACCUGACUUUGUACAAUAUUUGUUUCACUUCCUUGCCUGUCCUCAUAUACAGUCUUUUUGAACAGCAUGUGCAUCCGCAUGUAUUACAAAGUAAACCUGUGCUCUAUCGAGACAUCAGUAAAAAUGCCCAUCUGGGAUAUAAACCAUUUCUUUACUGGACCAUCUUGGGCUUCUUUCAUGCAUUUGUUUUUUUUUAUGGCUCGUAUCUUCUAAUGGGAGAAGACACUUCUCUGCUGGGAAAUGGCCAGAUAUUGAAACCUAACAGGCAAAUGAUGUUUGGAAACUGGACAUUUGGUACUUUGGUCUUCACCGUUAUGGUUAUAACUGUUACGAUGAAGAUGGCACUAGAAACUCACUUCUGGACAUGGAUAAACCAUUUUGUUACUUGGGGAUCCAUUGUAUUUUAUUUCAUAUUCUCCUUGUUUUAUGGGGGAAUUAUCUGGCCAUUUUUACAUACCCAGGACAUGUACUUUGUAUUUGUUCAGCUGUUGUCAAGUGGUUCUGCUUGGUUUGCCAUAAUCCUCAUAGUAGUUGCUUGUUUGUUUAUUGAUGUUGUGAAGAAAGUGCUGUACAGACAUCUACAACCAACAAGUACCGAAAAAGCUCAGCUUACUGAGGCAGGUUCAGGUAUCAACUGCUUGGACUCCAUGUGCUGCUUCUCAGAUGGGGAAACAGCAUGCACAUCUGUUAGAAGAAUGCUGGAACGACUAAUGGGCAGAUGUAGUCCAACCCGGGUCAACAGUGUUUGUAAGGUUACCGAAGAAACAUGCAUUUAAACAAUUCAGGAAGAACUUAAGAAUCCAUCUGUCUGCCAAGGUAUAUUUUUCUAUUUGCAGUAAAUCUAAAUCAGUAAAUUCUCAUUUAGUAAGAACAUAGAAUUGGUUUGCAUAAGACCAGAUUUUUUGGUCUGACAAAUAUUUUGGAUGGAAAAAGUGACUGUUUUUGUACUGAUGUCACAAAUCUUUUAAAAUUGCUUCUAUUCAAGGAAGAAAGAUUUUUGUGUAUUUCUUUGGCUGCUGAAGUGUAUGAAACCAUUCACUGUGCUUUGGGUACAGUGUAGAAUUCUUCAUGAAGAAGACUGAACAAAAUACGUCGAAUUCAGUGUAACGCUGGCAUUCAUCUCUCCGGGUUAGAGUAUGAAUGGCUGAGGGAGAAUUUGCCAUAGAGAGGAAACGUUUUAGAAUUACCUCUGAAAUCCAUAGCAUGUGGUAGAAGAGCCUAUAGUAGUUAAAAGCAAGAGUGGUGUAUAGUCACUUUUUACUAUGCAGUGUCUCUGAAGAAGCACCUUCUCCAUAGCCACCUUGAGAACAGGACUGAGUUCUCCGCAGAUUUUAGUUCUUGUUCUGUGAAAAUAGGGUUUUGCUUUUGUUACUUAGGAAAAACAUAGUUGCCAAACUUACACUUUUUAAAGGGUACUGUGGAAAAGAUUAAGUGGGAAGAUGUUCUGACUUUGCUUCACAAACUGAAAUGUAAAUACUCUGCUUAAAAUAUUCUGUAUAUUUUUUAAGCUUAUGGGGAGGGAGGGGGAACAAAAUGCAAAGGAAGGAAUGCUGAAAACUUUGGCUUUACAUUUUCAGAAUGAUUUCUUGUUUUCUAGUGCAAAGGUUGAUUUGAGACAAGAUUAUGCAACUUAGAAUGCAUAUUAGGCAAACUAUAAUUUCUUACUGGAAACCUUUGGUAAUACUUUCAAACAUGGUUUUUUAUGACAGUAUAACUUCUAUAUUGGGAAAAAAAAAUAAAUCUCAUUUUCUAGUGUUAGAAAUGCCUCAAAGCUGUAGUCUACAUUAUUUUUAAUAGCUUUAUCUGAUACUUCUGUACUUCUAAAUAUUAGUGAUUUUUUGGUGAAAUUCAGUGUUCAAUCAUACUGUGCUUCUGAACCAUUUAUUUUGAGAUUCUUGUUUCCUUGGUGUAGAAUACCUGGGACCUCUCACACCAUCGUCACUGCACUCGCCACUGCCAUGUGACACAGACAACAUUGUUUUAAAGGGGUUAUUCCUAGAGCUGGGCGAACUGUUCAUUAUGGACUAAUUUUAGCAUUUUUUCUGUUCCUAAAUGAUUUCCUGUUAAGACUCUUCUUUGCAGAUCUGUUUCCUUUCUGUGAAUGUUUUAUUGUUGGUUGUUUCGUAUGUUCUUUGCUUCUGUUGUUUGCUUCCAGUGGCAUGAUUUGUCUGGUUUCUGCUCUCUAUGGGAAUGACUCAAUUUAUAACAGGAGGAGGAAAGAUUGGAUGCUCAUGGCUGUAUCAACUCUUGCCGUCAAUCGUCUUAGAAGCAUUCGCACGGGUAUUUGCAAGGCUUCUGCUUUCCAUAGAUCUUUCCCUUCAGCUAAAUACUGCUCAUAGAGGCUUCAGAAAUAACGCAGUAGAGAGACCGUGUGUGCUGCCUGAGCUUCUGUGGCUUUUGUUAAAAGGAAUGUUCUCAUCACGUUGAAGUAUUCGCCUUGCUCUAGCUGUCGCCAUGCUAUGAUGUUGUAUUACAAUAAGUACAUACAAUUGUCAUCACUGUAGAUAAGACUUUUUUUGUUGUUUCCAGUUUGUAUAAAUGCAUAGACAUGAAUAAAACUUGAGGGGCCAUGGGCUGAAGACCUCUAUCUGUAACAAGAAGUGGAAAGAAAUGAAAUACACUGUUACGACACCAAGCGUGAUCUGUCUGUGCGCCUAAAUGGCCUGUGGUGUAGAGUAAUUUUUCCUGAGCCAUUUAAAAGGAAAUUAUUUCUGUCAUCAGCAGGUUUUCAACCUUUUGGCAAUGAGAUGAACAAUAACCCACAGGACAAUAGUUUAGAAAGGGAAAAAUGGUUAAAAAAUGAGACUCAUGUUCAGGUAUAAAUAAGGCAUCAUUGCUACAGCAAAGAAUAUAUUUUUACAAUUCCUAGUUUGGGUCCUGUGAGAGCUUGUAGGUCCUGUGCACAUAAAAAUAAAUCUACUAGACUCCUGUUUCUUCACUAAAUCACUAAAGCGUGAUCGAGUUCCCUCACUUUUUUGAAGAAAAAAAUCUUGACUGAUAGUAUCUCUGUAAGAAAUACCUUUCUUAAGAUGUUAAUUUUAGGCAAUUAAGGGGCAUUGACAACUGGAAACUAGCAAUAAUAGUAUUAAGAAUUUUGGACCUCUGACACUGUGGCUGCCUCAUGUUAUUUUUGGUUCUCUGACAGCGAGUCUGUGUGCUUGCUCAUUGUACAGCUUGGUCAGUAGAAGUUGUUUUAAAAAUGGUUUAUGAAAAUUAUAUUUAUUAAAUAAAACUUUCACUUCUAGCUGA